ACUCGUCCAAAGGCCUUCUAGAAGACAGAGAUGUCCUCGUCAUCCAGAUGGAUGUGACCGACACAGCCUCCCAUCGAAAGCAUUUCCAACAUGCCGUCCUCCACUUCGGCCGAGUGGAUAUUCUAGUCAACAACGCCGGAAGGUCUCAGAGAGCGAUGUGGGCUACUACAGAGAUGUCUGUAGACCGACAGCUGUUCGAUCUCAACGUCUUUGGAGUCGUGAGUCUGACUCGGGUAGCGCUGGAGCAUUUCGAUAAGGUCGGUUGUGGACACGUGGCUGUCGUUUCCAGUCUGGCGGGGAUACUUCCAGUGCCUUAUUCCGGUACUUACACAGCCUCCAAACACGCCAUACAUGGUUAUUUCAAUUCUCUCAGGACGGAGAGACUUGGUAAAAAUAUUCAUGUCACGCUUUUAUGCCCGGGACCAACGUUUUCCAACUUCUUGGCGGAAUGUUUCACUGAAAAAGAAGGCGAGAGCUGUUGAAGAAGGAAUAUGUAGAAGAAAACCCAAUAUGAAUUCAAAAAUAGAUAUACUGAAAAAUAUAAAAAAAAGUGAAAACUGGUAGAAUUUUUCACUUCAGUAUCCAUUAUAAUAUAAAAGUAUAUCCGAAAUUCCAACUCUCUCCUGAUGAAAACCGUAAUCAUGGUGAAUGUCGAUUCUCUAGGGGUUAAUCGGUUGAAAUCAAAAUUAAAAAUAUAUCGUCAUUUUUUGUGAUGUAGGAACGGCUCCAUGAAACUUGAGGCACACUAUAUACCCAUCAGCUAUAUCAGUUACCGACAAAAGAUCUACAGAGUAUUAACUUCUUUAACCAGGUUUUUCUUGGGUCAGUUCAAAUGUGGGAUAAGUCACAAUAUUUGGCACAAAUAACUAUUUUUGUCAGCUCCUUUUGACGGUUACUUAACAGGUGGUGGGAUGGUAGUAAUUUGCUAGUAUUGAUGUUCUGUGAUUUUAAUUUUCAGAUGAAACGUAAAGACUGAUGAUUUGGUGGAGGGUUCUUCAACUGUAGAUAUAGUUUGAGGACUAUUUGGACUUUUUUUCAAACUCUUUACUAACAUUAUUCUGCAAGUUCUUGUAUUCAUUUCACUGCACUAGUCUGCACUUUUCAUGGUCUUGGGGUAAUUAAGUUUUGUAAUAUAGGUAUACUAAACAUGUAUUUAUUAAUUCAACUGAACUUAUCUAGUUUGAAA